UAUUAUUGGCUAUAUCUUUUCUUUGGGGACCCUGCGAUUGCUCUUUUACUGGAAACCAGAAUGGGAUGUCUGGUGUCACUGUGUCCCAUGUAACUUGGAGGAAGCCAAUGUAGUAUUUAUCAAAAACAUUAAUGAACGUAAGAAAUAUUGUAAGAAGAAUGUAAUGUGGACUCAUAUCAAUUUGUUACAAGCUUCACCAGAUCAAGAAAUAUCCUUUGAGGAAAACUCUGAUUUGAGCAGAUUCAUAAGGAGGCCAGAAAACAAGGUGCUAUGCAUAACAGUGCACAAAAUUAGAUAUAUUUGGAACCUUGCAGCUGGCAUGUUUCAGAACGUUGGGGUACUGGAAGAUAAAUACUCAUGUUCAGAUAUACACAACAUUUUUGGAGCAGGAUUAAGUACAGAAGGGCAAAACAUAAGAAGACAAUUAUGUGGACCAAAUACGAUUGAAAUUGAAAUUUUACCCAUAUGGAAACUUCUCUAUAAAGAGAUUCUGAACCCAUCAUACAUUUUUCAAGUCUUCACAUUAUGUACCUGGCUGGCAUUUGGAUACACUGAAUACUCAAUGGUCGUAUUAAUUUUGACUAUCCUAUCAGUUACUGCUAUCACUUACAGUUUAAGAAAGCAAUCGAUUAAAUUACACAGCAUGGUUGAAUCUCAUAACAAUGUCAAGGUUUCUGUACUUCAAAAAAAUGGAGCUAUUGAGGAAGUUGAAUCUCGAUACUUGGUCCCUGGAGAUGUAAUUAUUUUAACGGGAAAACAGCUUGACCUUCCGUGUGAUGCCAUAUUAAUAUCAGGAGGCUGUAUUGUGAAUGAAGGCUUGCUGACAGGAGAAAGUAUUCCAGUGACAAAAGUUCCCUUACCCUAUUUGGAAAAUGCCAUUCCAUGGAAAACAUACCUUGGUGAUAAUUAUAAGGGUCAUGUCUUGUACUGUGGAACUCAAGUAAUCAAGACAAAGCCACAUGGUGAUGGACUGGUGAAAGCAGUUGUACUGCAAACUGGUUUCAACACUACAAAAGGUGACCUUGUGAAAACAAUUCUUUAUCCAAAACCAAUAAACUUUAAACUUCACAGAGAUGCCUUCAAGAUCAUUAUUGGCCUUAUAAUACUUUCCUUCAUAGGAGCUAUUUAUACAACCACAGUUUACGUCCUGGCUGGAGCUCCUGCAAAGGAUGUAAUAAUGAUGUGCCUUAUUAUGGCAACAGUUGCUGUUCCAGUAUCUUUGCCGCCUGCUUUAUCCAUCAAUCUCCUGUAUUCACAACAUCGUUUAAAGAAGAUGGGCAUCUUUUGCAUCAGCCCCCAGCGGAUCAAUCUGUGUGGCCAAUUAAACCUCUUCUGUUUUGACAAGACAGGUACUUUAACAGAAGAUGGAUUAGAUUUAUGGGGAAUUGUUCCUUCACAAGGAAAAGGUUUUCAGGAAGUACAACAUUGUUAUCCUGGGUGCGCUUUACGCUGGAGUCCUUUGCUUGGAGCGAUGGCCAGUUGUCAUUCAUUAGUUGUACUGGAUGGAAAAAUAAAUGGGGAUCCUCUGGACUUAAAAAUGUUUGAAGGCUCAGGAUGGGAAAUAUACAUGAAGGAGGAUGGGAAUUCUGAAGCAUGCAUGGUGGUAAAACCAGGGGCAGCAUUGCAUGAUGUCCCAGUAAAAGGAAUCUGCAUUCUCCACCAGUUUCCAUUUUCCUCUAGCUUGCAGAGAAUGUCUGUCAUCACACAAUUUUUAGGUGAAAAUCAACUUACAGUGUAUUUGAAGGGAGCUCCAGAGACAGUGAUACAUUUUUGUAAACAAGAAACAGUGCCAUCUAGCUUUUCCUGUAAACUUGACUACUACACAAAGCAAGGUUUCCGAGUCAUCGGUCUGGCAUAUAAAUCUUUUAGAAUCAAUGGAGAAUUUAACAUGGGAAAUGUAUCUAGGGAAGAGGUAGAAAAGGAUCUCUUAUUUUUAGGAUUUUUGAUAAUGGAAAAUCGACUUAAACCUGAAACAAAACCUGUUUUACAGGAGCUUAUUUCUGCUAACAUAAGAAAUGUCAUGCUUACAGGUGAUAACCUUCAAACAGCUUGCACAGUUGGAACUAACUCAGGGAUGGUGCCUGAUUCCAGACAUUUGGUUCUGAUUGAAGCCACUGACCUGGAAGAAGAUAUUCCACCAUCAGUAACUUGGCAUUUUAUGGAAACAGAAAGAGAAAGCAUAAAAAAGGAAACCACAGUAAAAACAGAACAAAUGUUAAGUCAGGACACAAGACCAAAUAAAUAUCAUUAUGCCAUGAGUGGAAAAUCAUAUCAAGUUAUCAAAGAGCACUUUCCUAGUUUGGUCCCAGAUAUGAUUAUCAAUGGGACAAUAUUUGCUAGAAUGAGCCCAAAACACAAAUCAAGUAUUAUUGAAGACUUUCAAAAAUUAGAAUAUAAUGUUGGCAUGUGUGGAGAUGGAGCAAAUGAUUGUGGGGCUCUCAAAAUGGCUCAUGCAGGAAUUGCACUUUCAGAACUGGAAGCAUCUGUGGCUUCACCUUUUACUUCCAAAAUUCAAAACAUUCAGUGUGUGCCAAAGUUACUCAAGGAAGGAAGGAAUGCAUAUGUCACGUCAAUAGCUUUGUUUAAAUACAUGAUAACGUACACACUGAUCGGAUUCUUCUGCAUGCUUCUUCUUUUUUCGAAGCAAACAGUUCUUGGAAACUUUCAGUACCUCAUACAAGAUUUGCUCAUAACCACUGCCGUUACAUUAGCAAUGAGUCUGAAUGGCCCUGCUGACAAACUAGCACCAUACAGACCUGCUCUGAAAAUGUUUUCCCCAUCUCUGUUACUGUCGAUUGCACUACAACUUAUUUUAACCAUCAGUGUUCAGACAACUGCAUUUAUCCUAGUACAACAACAGCCCUGGUACAAUGAAAGUAACGUCUUUAGUGCUUGUGACCAGUACAAUCAAAGCUACAUGAACCAAACUAUCAUACGUAAGGAGUCACAGAAUUUUUUGACCAGCACUCUAGGGCCCGUGACGGGACUAAAUCAUAUUAUAGUAGAAUUUGUGUAUUCAAGGGGAAGUCCCUUUCGACAACCCAUAUAUACAAACUCUUGUGUGUACACCUCAAUACUGGAGAAUAUACAUAUUCCUUACAAUGUUGCUGCUUUUUGCUGUAUCAUACAUCACUGAGGAGUAUGUAACUGAAAAUCGAAGUCUCUGGCUGGUAGUAAAAAAGAUUUUCAACUAUAAAUCAAAGAGUCGGUAUAAGGAAUUGCAGCAAGUUAUGGAGAAGGAUCAUUAUUAUCCUUUGUUAAAAGGAAAGAACU